AUGUUUCGAUGCUCAAGGUUUUUAAAAUUCGGAAAUUUAUCAUAUUUCAUUCAUAAACCAACAGUAAUAAUUUCAAGAACCAUUUCUGCAAAUGCCUCAAAUAAAGUCAAAUAUAAUUGGGAAGAUCCACUUGAUCUAGAAUCAAUGCUGACAAGUGAAGAGGUUGCAAUUAGAGAUACUGCAAAAGAAUAUUGUCAAACUAAACUGUUGCCACGAAUUAUAGAAGCAUAUCGACAAGAAAAAUUUGAUAGAGAGAUUUUAAAUGAGAUGGGGGAAUUAGGAUUAUUAGGAUCUACAAUUCAAGGAUAUGGUUGUGCUGGUGUAUCAUCAGUUGCUUAUGGUUUGAUUGCACGUGAAGUUGAAAGGAUAGAUAGUGGAUAUCGAUCUUCCAUGAGUGUUCAAUCAUCGCUUGUAAUGCAUCCUAUUUAUGCAUAUGGUACUGAAAAACAAAAACAAAAAUAUUUACCAAGAUUAGCAAAAGGUGAAAUAGUUGGUGCAUUUGGAUUAACAGAACCUAAUCAUGGAUCUGAUCCAGGAGGUAUGCAAACAUAUGCAGAUAAAAAAAAUGGAGUCUAUAUACUACACGGGUCAAAAACAUGGAUCACCAAUUCACCGAUUGCUGAUGUUUUUAUUGUCUGGGCCAAAUGUAAAGAGGAUCACAAGAUUCGUGGAUUUAUAUUAGAAAAGGGAAUGAAAGGAUUAUGGGCGCCAACAAUUAAAGGCAAACUAUCGCUUCGAGCAUCAAUUACUGGGAUGAUUAUGAUGGAUAAUGUAGAAGUUCCUGAAGAAAAUUUGUUACCCGAAGUGGAAGGUCUAAAAGGACCAUUUGGUUGUCUUAAUAAUGCACGAUAUGGAAUAGCAUGGGGUGUUAUGGGCGCAGCAGAAUUUUGUUUAGCACAAGCUCGUGAAUACGCAUUGAAUCGAGUGCAAUUUGGAGCACCUUUAGCUCGAUUUCAAUUAGUUCAAAAGAAAUUCGCUGAUGCUAAUACUGAGAUUGCGCUUGGAUUACAAUCAUGUUUGAGAGUUGGUAGAUUAAAAGAUGAGCAAAAAGUAUCACCAGAAAUGAUAUCGUUAAUUAAACGAAAUUCAUGUAAUAAAGCUUUAGAUAUAGCUAGAUCUAUGAGAGAUGUGUUGGGAGGUAAUGGCAUCAGUGACGAAUAUCAUAUUAUGCGACAUGAACAAAAUUUAUGCACUACUAAUACAUAUGAAGGAACUUAUGAUAUUCAUACACUUAUUUUGGGUAAAGCAAUAACCGGGGAACAAGCAUUUACAGCUUCAUAA